AAAGUAGGCGAGCAGGAACUGUCAUUCUGCUGUCUCAGUUUUGGGCUUUAAUAGUAGAGCAAUUUUUAAUAUGGGUGCAGAACAGUCGGCACGGUUGGCUUGUACGGAAACGGGAGCGACUGAAAAACCCCUGAGGCUUAUCAAUUCUGAAUUGUUUUUCCGACUGUAUUUCGACAAGAUGCGAGAGCCUGUAACCGGUUCAGUGACCGAAGCCCUUUUGCAUUUGGUGAAGAAUCUACCCAAGGACAGGGCGAUCCUUAACGAAGUAGCUGCGCACCACGGCGAAGUGGAAAGGAUGGAAUACAGUGACAACGAAAGUGGAUUUAGCUCCGACUCCACAGCCACUACAGGAGGGUACUACGACGACGUGGACAUAGAGCCCAUUCAGAUAGCCGAGUUCGAUUCCAUGGAUGAAUAUGACAUUUCCCCGCCUGACUCGGUUGAUAUUAUCGCUGAUCGUCUGCCCCAUUUCGGCCCAGUUGAAUAAGCAGGCGUUUAAUAAAACAAGGAUUUAUGUACACAACUAA